AUGAAUAUCAACAGUCAAAUCAGCAGUGAUACAAUGCUAUCUGCAUUUCAAAACGAUGCAAAGACUAGUGGCUCCACGUCUAAGAGCUCAUCGAAAUUAUUCAAUGAGCUUUUAGAAACGUCAAAGAACUUACCUUCUACUUCAUCUGACCUUGGAGCUAUCUUAUUGAGUGUCAAUGAGAUGAAAAAGAGGGCACAGGAGAUGCGUAAGACAAUUCCUCACGAUUCCAAUCAUACAAAAGCUCAUUAUCUCUUAGCAGGAAGUGGACUUGAAUUUCACGAAAUUGAGAGUUCCUUGAAGAAUCUUAAGUCAUCAGAGUUGUUAACCGAACAACGGGUUGCACAAGGCUAUAACGAUGGUGAUUUGGACACUUAUUUACAUAUUAAGAAGGAUGAGAAUAUCCUUUCCUCCAUUGAACAAUCAUUGUCUUUAGCAGCGAAGGAUUUUGAUAAUUUCAUUAAUCAGAACUUCAACCUAGAUUGGAAGCAAAGGAAAGAUGAAGUAAGAGAAAGCUUUGGGAUCCUAGUCAAGAAACGUCAGGAUAGUUCUAACUACGAUACGACUAAUUUGGCUCCUUUGGAUCCCAACGGUCCAAUAUUUUGGGGGAAACCACCUGGUAGUGGUAUCUUGGAUGGUGAUUUAAAUUCAAAUGUCAAUGGAAAUCACAUCCUUAGAGAAAAGUUUGAGAAAUAUGCCAAAAUUAUUUACAGGUUUAACAAUUCAAGACAAUCACAUAAUGACGAUUUUCAAUUAACCAAAGAGUUCAUUGCCAUCUUUCAGAAUACGACCGACUCGAAGUAUAGACAGCUACUUGACGGUUGGGAGAUUAUAGAUAAUGCAACAAAUCAAUCCCCAAAUAUUGUUGAGUUUUCCAAAAAAUACCUAGAAAACCAGUUCUUGAGCUAUGUUGACAAUUUGUAUUCAAAGAAUCCAAGCGAAGGUUUACCGACCAAUGUUAACAAAAUUAGAGCAUUUAUUGACCUCAAACUGAAGACUGGUGAAAAUACUUGGAAAUUUAACAAUCUUACGAUUGUGAAUGGAAUUCCCGUAUGGGCCUUGAUUUUUUAUUUGCUAAGGGCUGGUUUACCGCAGGACGCGCUAGAAGUAGUUGUUAACAACAAAUUGAGUUUCAAAAAAGUGGAGCAAUCUUUCCUAACAUACUUCAAAGCUUAUGUAACGUCUCCUGAUCAUCGUCUUCCACAGGAAUUUGUCUCAAGGUUGCAUACAGAAUAUAACCAGCAUAUCAAAAACACUUUGGACAGCGAUCCGUUCCGUUUGGCGGUCUACAAAAUUAUUGGCAGAUGUGAUUUGACAAGGAAGAAUAUCUCUUCUAUUACUCUAAGCGUGGAAGAUUGGUUAUGGAUUCACUUGAUGUUAAUCAAAGAUGAUAUGGAUAUGGAUGAUCCAGUAUAUGAAAGGUAUACCCUCAGCGAUUUCCAACAUACUGUUGUCUCUUACGGUGAGUACAUGUUUAAAAACUAUUAUCUACAGGCCCUUUUGUUAAGCGGACAAUAUGAACUAGCAGUACAGUACUCAUACAAAAUAAAUGAAAUCGAUGCUGUUCACUUGGCAAUUGGUCUAGCGGCAAAUGGCAUGUUACAUGUGUCAUCUUAUAAAAAGGAUGAGUUGAUCUCCGUGAAUGAUGGCCAAACAAGGAUAAACUUUGUUAAGGUAUUAGGAAAUUACACAAAGUCGUUCAAGUACUCUGAUCCAAGAAUAGCUGUCGAAUAUCUAAUUCUCAUCGCACUAGUGAAUGAGAAAGAGCAGAUUGAAUGGGCGUAUGAGGCACUCAGGGAAUUGAUCUUGGAAACUAAAGAGUUCACCAUACUUCUCGGAAAGAUCAACUCUGAAGGAAUUAGGAUCCCCGGUGUAGUUGAAGAAAGACGCCCAUUAUUACAGCUUGAGGACCAGAAGGACUUUUUGUAUAAGAUUACCGAACAGGCUGCUCGUAGGGCUGAUGAAGAAAGAAGAAUUCAUGAUAGUUUGUUGUUGUACCAGUUAUCAGAAGAAUAUGACAUUGUUAUGUCCAUUAUCAACAAGUUAUUGGGAGAACUUCUAAGUAGCACUGACCUCAAUCAAUCCCUCUUUAGGUUGAAUGACAACAGCGAAACGAAUUACGUCUUAAUGGCAAAGAAGUUAAUCGAAGUGUACAUCAACAACAUCGAAAUCUCUAAAAAGGUUCAGGCAAGAAACAAAGAAACAUGUAUUGUCUUGUUGAAACUAGCUGAUAUAAGAGCAUCAUUCCUAGCACGCCAAUGGCAAAACACCCUACAACAGAUUGAAGAUCUCGAUUUAAUUCCGUUCACGGAUGAAAGCUCGACCAGAAAAAGAGCACAAGAAUUUACACAUUUGGAUGAGAAUAUAUUAAAGAACAUACCUAACCUGUUGAUAAUUACAAUGCUAUGCAUUUCUAACAUCAUAAAGCAGUUGAACGAAAGUGAUUACCAAUCUUUGACUAAAAAGCAGCAAAUCGAUUCUCUCAAACGUGUUGCUAAAAAUUGUAUGAUUUAUGCUGGUAUGAUUCAAUACAAAAUGCCAAGAGAAACUUACAGCAUAUUAAUCAAUAUAGAAGUUGGUUUGUAG